AUGCAGCGAUGGCCUUUCCAUCUGGGACUGGACUACUCAGACCAUCUCUUGGUAGACGAAAGCUUGGUUGAAAGGGUACUAAAUCCGCCCCUGGAACUCGACCCUGUAGUGCGGAAGAAGCUGUGGCAAGAGCUAAUGGAUGGCUUUACCUACAAUGAUCCCGACGGCAUCAUCGACUGUCUAGACCAAGGGGCUCCUUUGGAUGAACCCAAUGAUGAUGGCGAUUAUCCCAUUCAUCUGGCUGCUCGCCACAAUAACACCGAUAUCCUAGUCAAAACACGCUUCAACUUCACUCGGGACUCGAUCGAAGACGACCCCUUGCUUCUCAAGAAUUCGGCCACUGAAACUCCUUUGGAAGUUGCAUGUAAUACGGGCACACUCGAGGCCGUACGCUGGAUCAUGGAACGUCUUCCACAAACUCACAUGGACACAGAAGACGUUGUGCGUCGAGCUUUCCAAGUCGCUAUCCUCGGGGAAAAAGUGGGUGUUUUGAAGAUUUUGCAGCACUUGUGGCCUGAAUGGAGAGCACUACGUAUCCAAUCACAGACCGCCGAGUUCUCACUACUACGCUUUGCCAUCAACGAGCAUAAAGCAAAAUCUGCUUACCGGCUGAUAGAUCCUGCAGUCAUAUCAAGAAGGCAUCCAAAUGCCCGCAGAAUCUUCGAACUGGGUUGGAAAUCGGAGUUAGACGAGUAUUGGGUAGAGACGAUCCUGGACGACCGUCAAGACAUGCUGUCAUCAAGGUACUACACCCUCAGUCUGACUCAUGGAGUCAUUGGCUCCUCUACGCUUGAUAAUGACGAAACACUGGAGCUUCUCUUUGCUCUGAACGUUGACAUCUCUAUAAUCCUUCGACAAUCGGUAACAUUCGCAGCGGAUCAGGAUUUUGAUCCUGAUCGCACAGGCAACAUGUGGGAGUAUAUUCUACACGAAGGAUAUGAGUAUGAGCCAGAGGAUCUAGACUCUAUCAUCACUUAUGAAAUGGCAGUCCGCGCCGAUGGAUCAGAAAUAGCGCCAUCAGAGACCGACGAAACUGAAAGCCCGUCGUUCAUCGACCCUGAGUAUGAUGCUGACAAAGCGGAAGUUGAGAAAGAUCGCGCGAGUUUACUAAGAAGUCAAAUAAGAGAGGCCUUGAUCCACUGUGGUGGACGUGACUGGUCCGAGGCGGAAGAGGCAGUGACAAAGGCUUCAACGAAAGAUCUUGAGAGAUUGAUUAGUUUAGAAACGGAUGCAGCAAUGUUGCAGCGUAUGCUCAACGUGAAGAACCGCCACCAUGACUCACUAUUGUCACAUGCGAUGUCAUAUGAACCGGACGAACAAAGAAUCGAAUGCAUAGAGCUUCUGUUACAACAUGGAAGCCGUGUAGACGCGCCGAACUUGGCCUACGCACGUUAUGGCGUAGACAUAACGAUCUUCAUGUUAUUGGCCACCUAUGCUAAACAUGAAGUCGCGUCCGAAGCGUUGCGCGGGGCGUGUAAUCCGGCUACUACGGAGUCACCUGUCAGAACCCAUACGUUGUUUCAAAUUCUCCUCAGGUGUGGCGCCAAUCCAACGCUGACUGACCACAAUGGGAAGACUCCUCGAGAUCUUUUCCGGGGUAUCAGCGAAGUGAUGAAAGAAAGAUGGGGUGAUGAACCGGACAGAGUGUAUGCGUACACACCACCGGAAGAGCUAGGGAAACGACGCAUGGGGAGAGGGAUAGAGGAAGACAUUUCCGAGAUAAUGAGUCUCUUGCAGCGUUGGGAGGACUAUUACAACGACCCACAAACCAGCAAGCCUUCCGCAAGACCGGAUGACGAUUGGAAGGCUGUGCGUGAUGGUUUCCGAGAUGAGACGACAUGGGCGAAACUUGUCGAAAAGAACCCUGAGGGCUACAAAGUGGUGGAGGAUUGA